UUCCCCCUCUGUAAACAAUAACUGCUCAACAACUGUGAAGUUCAGUGGAGUACAGUCCUUCAGGGUUUGUUUUGACUCCAACAAACACCAACAGUCCACAGGAGCAGGCAGGAUGUCUGUGACCAUGUCGAAGGCUGAUGGGGUCACUGUGUUCACUGUGACCUCUGACACCCAAAGUGUUUGUCCUCCGCUGUGUCAAAUCAUCAAAGGCCUUUGCUACAGCCCCGUGUGCUGCUCUGUGUCUCAGCACCUGAGGAAGGUCCAGAGAUCCUCUCAGUCAAUACUCGGGGCUCUGCACAUCAUGGUUGGGUUGCUCAACAUCGGCCUUGGAGCGAUCCUCUGUAGCAGUCGCAGUGGCUCUUGGUACCAGAUGGAUAGAACCUUGUUUCCUUUUUGGCUCGGAGGGGUGUUCAUGUUGUUUGGCGUCAUCGGGAUUGUGUCUGAGAAGUGCCCCAGUCCAUGUCUGGUCAUCCUCAAUGUGAUCCUGAAUCUAGCAGGAGUUGUUCUUGCCAUUGCAUCCAUCGUACUCUACAGCAUCAAUAUAGCACACAUAGGACUGUGGUGGAUGUGUCGCAAUGAAUAUGAUUAUAGGUAUGACUACUAUUCACGCUACCGACCCACUGCAACUCCAUCUCCCUGGGAGGAGAUCAUGAAGGAGAAAUGCUUGGAGGGCAAAGAGUUGGUUCUGAUGCUCCUGAGAAGCAUGAAUGCGGUGCUGAUCGUCCUGUCAGCCCUGGAGCUCUGCCUCGUCAUCAGCUCUGCCGUCAUGGGCAUCAAGGCUCUGAGGAGCAGCGAGAAGGAAGAAGACAAGAAGACCGCUGACCCAGAACACUACAAUCCACUGCUGGAGGAAGUCACCAGUACCCCUGUCGCCUAAAUACAAAUCUCUGCCUUGUGCUAUCAGUUAGCAGGAACUAUAAUCCUGUGCAUAUACACCAUAGAUUGUAGGUACUGUAACGUCAGUGGUUUACACACACUCAGCUGGUACAGUCAAACUUGGGGGUCUUUUUCUACAAGAGUUGCUUAAAAAUAUUUGCACUUAUAUUUUUGAUAAUAAUCUGCACUAAACUGUAUAUGCUGCUGUCCAUUCUACUCUCUGUUGAUGUUUUUCAAACUGUUCCCAUUGAUUAUGAUUUUAUAUUGAUUAUUGUGCCUUAUGGUCAGUAUGUUUUGGAGGCAAUAGAGAAUGUGUGCGUGAUGGACACAGAUUGAUGGACUGAUGUUUUUUUGCUGUUUUUUUACAACAUUAAGCCAUGCUAAAAAAAAAAAAAAAGUCAUCAAAAAGAUGGUGAAAAUGAUAUUCCUCUUUUUUAAAAUGCUGUUUCUGGUCAAAUGAAAGUUAAAUAAAGUGAUUCAAGCCUGCUCAGCAGUGUCAAUCCA